CUGGCCGCCUGCGCCGCCGAGCCCGCGGUGCCGCCAGAGCUGGGAGGCGCGUCGGGGGCGCUGGCCGGGAUGCUGACGCUGGUGGCCCGGCUGCUGGAGUGGCUGCGCUCGCUGUUCUGGAAGGAGGAGAUGGAGCUCACCCUGGUGGGGCUGCAGUACUCGGGCAAGACCACCCUGCUCACCGUGCUGGCGUCAGGGCAGUUCACAGAAGAUAUGAUUCCUACAGUAGGCUUCAAUAUGAGAAAAAUAACAAAAGGAAAUGUUACCAUAAAGGUAUGGGACAUUGGGGGACAGCCAAGGUUUCGAAGCAUGUGGGAGCGCUAUUGCAGAGGAGUCAAUGCAGUUGUUUACAUGGUGGAUGCAGCAGAUUUAGAAAAAGUAGAAGCUUCCAAAAAUGAACUACACAGCUUAAUAGACAAGCCACAGUUGCAUGGAAUUCCAGUGUUAGUCCUUGGAAAUAAAAGAGACCUUCCUGGUGCACUGGAUGAAAAACAGCUAAUUGAGAAAUUACAUAACAUUACAGUGGCUUAUUCAGCACUCCAAAUCAAGGCAUUGUUGAAGAAAACUUUUGCUGAAGAUAACUUUUCCUUCCAAAUCACAUGGGCCGCCAUCUACUAUACACUACUGAAAAGAUAAAGAAUGAAACUAAAUACUACCAGGACUCACUUUCACUAGAUUUGUUAACAAAUAGAAAAUUUCAGUCCGUUAUGGUCUUUAGAAAACAAACAUGCAUACAUCCAGAAUGUCUGUCUGUCUGUCCUAAAAGCCUUAAUAUAAAACUGGAAAAAAAAUCAGUACUUUUCUGAGCUGGAAUGUUUUGAGUUUAUGCAUGUGAAUUGUCAACUGUUUAGUAAUUUUUUUAAAUAUGAAGCUGAAUAAACUGCACAAUAGAAACUGGUGUGUCUUAUUGUAAGGCGUAUUGCAGAGAUGAUGUAUAAACAUGCGUACAGUAUUUAUGGUUAUGUUGCUAUUAAUUUCUAUUUUCAAUUGCUAACACUGAGUUGAAUAUUCAAGAAUAAGUAAAUCUUUUUUUUUUUUAAAAAAAA